UUAAGAAACAAGAUCAUAUGACGGCUGGAUGUCAACAAAUGUGAAGGGGAAUUACACUGAGCUAAUGCCAUGAUUCCCAAUACCGGUUUAAAACCGGGUAUAACGUUUUUUAGGGCUACGGGUCACGUAUUUUUUGAAGCAUAAGGAUGUCAUCCACUCAGGCCGGUCAGUCAACGGUUGUACACAGACUUGCCACAUUACUGCGAAAUAAUGGUGACUCUGUACUGGAUGGUUCCAGUACUCUCACUCUGCAAGUGGGAUGUUUACAGCACCUGACACAACUCUUUGAGCGGCACCUUCUCUCACGAACACAUCAGCAUGGUUUUCUGGCUCUGCCGUCCCACCCAGCAGACACUGCCUCUCUGCUGGAAGUCCAGUUCCUCUUUGACAUGCUGCAGAAGACAGUAUCACUCAAGCUUGUUAAUCCACCUGGUGUGAAACUACAGUAUGUUGUGAAAAUCUUCCCUUUCAAGUCCCUCAAACACUUAGAGCUCAAGCGUAUUCCUCCUCAUUGUCUGGAGGGUCUUAGAGGAGUGUAUUCUCAGCUGGAAGUCUUCACUUGCUCAAAAGGUGUUAGCUCUCUAGAGGAGCUUCUUUCUCUGUGUGGAGGAGAUCUCAGCUCAGCUUUACCUUGGUUAGAACUUCAUACCCUUAAUUUCAGUUACAAUUCCAUUUCCUGUCUUGAUGAGUCGCUAAGUCUGCUAAAUGUCCUGAAGUGGCUUGACUUGAGCCACAACAAGAUCCAAGAUUGUGCUGAAUUUUUGAAGCCUCUUACUGAACUGGAGCAUCUGAAUUUAGCAUAUAAUAACCUCCAGAGAGCACCAGUGCUGGGCCUCAGUGCCCAAGCCAAACUCACAACCUUGAUCCUUAGAAACAAUGAACUGGAAACUAUCAAUGGGGUGGAGCAGUUGUCAUCACUUCAGUCUCUUGACCUGGCUUAUAACCUUCUUAUGGAGCAUUCUCAGUUGGCGCCUCUGUCCCUUCUUCAUAAUCUCAAUACAUUAACUUUGGAAGGAAACCCUUUAUUUUUUCAGAAGACACACAGGACAUCAACUAUCCACCAUCUCUCUCCACGUGCUGCUUUCCAAGGGCUCCAGCUGGAUGGCACCCCUCUGUCCCAGUCUGAUCUGCUGGACAUGCCUAAAUCCGGACAGCUAGUUGGUCAGAUGUCCCACACUUCUCAACAAGUUUCUAUGAUACCUGACCAAGGAGGGCAGGAAGUGUCCAGUGGAGGUGGGGACAUGACUGACAGUUUGACUGUAAGCAUAUCAGGAGUGACCCGAGUUCGAAAGAGGAAACACAAAAACAAGGUGAAGGUGAGGAGAGCCAGUAUCUCAGAGCCCAGUGACACAGACCAUGAGGUCAGAGUGCAGUCUGCUUUACAAGAUAUUGUCCUCCCCCAUAAGGAAGAUAUUGAGAGGAUGGAUAGUUUUCGAGAGCAGUUAGGAGAGGACUGGCUACGCUACCAGCAUCAUCUUGAUGAUACUCCAGUCAACCCAGCUUUCCCAGUAGUGGACAGUGUAACCAUUAAAGUGAACACCAAUGGCCACUGUACACCCCCAUCUCCCCUGCUUAAAACUACCACACAUCCAACCAAUCUGGAAUUGCUCCCCCCUCCGCUGCUGUCCUCUGAACUGAAAGAGGAAGAGGACAAAGAAGAGCUGGAGAGCACAGACUUGCAGCCUGAGACAGAGUCCACCUUGCAGUGUACAGGCCACAGCCCGCCGAACACUGAAUCUACACUUGAGACAAGCCUAGGAAACACUCAGGCUACAACUGAGGCCUACUCUGACCCAAAAUCACCACCAGAGGAAGAAGACGACGAUAGGGGAGUGGACCUGUGCAGACCAAUGCUGGUGGGGCUGCUCUUAGAGGAUGUGGAGAGCAAUCAGAAAAGGGCCUCUGAACCACUUUUCCUACGAGUGCGCCAGGGUCACCUGCUGGAGGUAGACAUGCACCAGGGAUGUGUUAAAACACGAGUGGAACUAGACAGUCUGCAAGAUGUUGUGACAACUGAGGCCACCUGCACAGUGGAGAAGGUGGAAAUGACUCACCCAGCCCUUGAGCUUCAUUUCCGGUACAUUAGUCGUGAAAGACGUAAACGUUGUUACAUAAUGUUGGAUGACAAGCCACAGGAGGCAUUACAGGUAUUAGUGGAGGUUCUUUCAAAAAUCGUUGAGGAAAACAACCAGCAGGUGGAUGAGGAGAGACCAGAGACAGUUUGGCUUCAGUGCCUUAAAUGUCAGACUGAGUUCUGCCAGCCAGCCACUGAAUCCGACAGCAGCCUGUGCCACCUGGAUGAGCUAAGGAAUGAUCGUUGUACUGUCAUCUGCUCAGAGUGCAAUAGCGAUCAUGUAGUUCAGUUGGCUGUUCAGUCAGCUCCUUCCACCAGUACACCUUUUGAACAAAAUGAUGCCAGACACUUUACCUUUGAUGACAGGGACAACUCAGUUCAACCCAAGCACAAUGAGGUCUGGGUUUAUGUUCUUUCUGACUUGAUAUUUCCACAACAAUAUAAUUCCUCCACAGAGGGAGCCGCAGCUUACUUCCACACAGCCCACAGCUUCCUGUCUAAUUGUUUGACUAAUCAGAAUGAGACAUGGGUUGACCAGAAAACCUCACAACUAAUCAACUUUAGCACAACUGAUGGACAAGUGCAGAGUAGCUCAGAGCGGCUUAAGGAGAAGGGGGCUGACAAUGCCUGCUACAACGGCUAUCAAAAACAUCAGGACCAGCAGUCACCACAGUACACAGAAGGCUCCAACAAUACUCAGUUUGACUUGCUGUCAGAGACAGUUGACCAUCGAAUUCAGCUGUUCCUGGAUGUGGAAGUGUUUGAGGGAGAAGAGGAGCUUCGCUGCUUUUUAAAGAUGUCCAUUGUGAAGUUUGGGGAUGCAGUGGAGUUCCAUUCCCUUAUGGUUGUGUCGGACCAGUACAUCUACAUCUUAGAAAUCACCUCACAGUCUGAAGGGCAACCCUCAGACUGGCUGCGGAAAAGAGAAAGCCAUCGGUUGUGUGAACUCAGCUAUCUGGAGGUGGGUCUGGGCUCUCAGAGUAUCCACCUAGAGUUUGAUGAGGGGGCAGCAGCGUACACACUACUAGUGCGAAACAGUGCCCGCUGCAAAUGGUUCUUCAGCAAGCUUACAGAAAUUGCAAGGGAAUUGGCCCCUAAGUCUGAAAGCAAGCUAAAGGGAAUCUCCACCACCCGGCUCAACCCACAGCACCAUCUCUGGCAUCUAGUCUGUGAGGACGCCUUGCCAUGUGACGAAGAAGAUGGCCAUCCUCCUUUCCGGUAUCUAUUAGCAUUCCUUCAGCAAGAUGGUUCUUUGGCCUCUGUGAGUGUACUAGCCACCAAAGAAGUGCUUUUUCUCCUUGAUGAAGAUCACCAAUGGAGCAAGAGCCAACCUGAGGGCCAAAUGAGCAGUGGGAAGGUGACCGUUCAGGAAACUCAGCCAAUCAGUUGUGUUAGUUCUAUUCAUCUGUUCUCAUCAGAUCCAUGCCAGGUGGACCUAAAACUUUAUGAUGAGAUGGCUAAGAAAGAAAAGACAUGGUCUUUACAUGCUGAAGAUGAAGAGCUGGUACAAGACCUGGUGAACUGGAUCACAGAUCAGUGGGAAGCCAUGUUUGGGGUCAAACUGACUACUAUCAAGCAGUAACCACUAGCCACAGUGGUAAAGAAAAG